AUGCUCUUCUAUUCAAAAGUCUUUGCGGAUCACAUCACAUUUUCUCCACCCGAUGAGGCAUUUGUACUUUAUCACAGCCAUCAGAAUACGAACUUCACUUCGGUUUUUGUUCAAGAUGGUUGUCCUAAUAGUCGAAACCUUAUGGCUACAGUAUACUCCUCUGAUCUGCCAUCGUCUAGACGAGUUUUCGAAGAAGUCCCCUUGCAUUGUGCAGUAAAGGUUCGAAUUAUUACUGAGAAAGUUGUGAUAGUUCGUCCAUAUGUGGAUUUUCUGGCAGUGGUGGACGAAUCCCUUUCCAGACACGUGGGCGGCAUCUGUGUACAUGCUCAAAUAACAUCUUCUACUUCUGCAACUGGUGAGUUUUGUGUCAAAACCACUCGGACCAAUUUCUCUACUGAUAAAUUAUUAAUCAUAAAAUCACCAAUAUUUGAUCAGUUGACGAGUUUUUUUAUAUCUCUCACAGGAACCGAGAUUAUUGAGCUCAAAGUUGAGUGGCCUUCUAUUAGAGGUAAUACGGUAAAAAUUGUUUCAGAACUAGGAAAAUGCUAUCUCAAUCGUCACGAUGAUCAGAGGACGAGCUGUGUCAUUCGAAUUCCAGUUCCAUUUUCCUGGUUCCCAAUUGAUCAGAAUAAGACAAGCAUUCUUUCGGUUUCAUAUACAGUAUCUGAAAAAUGUGACCAGAAUUUCCAUGAUCUUCCUCAACACCUGAUUGAAAUCAAUUCUAAAAUGGCAAAACAGAAAGUCGACUGGCUUGCGAAUGCAACUGAUACAUCUGUCACCUUAAGAUCCACAGCGAGUCAAGCGUUCUCUCAAAAAUCCAUGCAAACUUUGUUCCUUCAUGUUAAGAGUUGGGCAAAUGAAACGCAACCAAUGGAGAUACGACUUUGGGUAGACUCUCGGAUGAGCAUCGAAACUGUAUAUCCCACAAAUUCCGAUUGGACGAUUCGAGUUUCUUCUGCCAGCCGUCCAUUUUUUUAUACUUCACUUAUAUGCACACCAAAAGAAGGGAUGGCAGAAUUCAAUGAUAAUAUUGUGGCGAUUCUAAUCAAAAUGGUUUCAUCCACAUAUGCUAUAAAAGAUGAUGUCGUCUUGCACUGGCAUGUAAUAUUUGGCCCAAAAAGUCCGGAUCCUCCUCCAGAUGAUCACAAAGUAGCAACAAAGUUUAAUGUAAUAGCAGAUGAAGUUGCAGCGGUUGUCAUUGUUCCAAAGAGAAAAGAGUUGAUAAAUCUGGCAGUAAUAUCUGGACUGCAAGUCACCUCAUCCCUUCGAAUCUUCACUGUCUCUAUUGGAGCAAGAGCUGAAGACGUCACUUCCCAAUCUCAUUGCAUUUCAUCUGAUGCGAAUAUCAUAAAAGUAUCUCCAACUUGUUCCUCAGUCUACCUCGAUGGAUCAGAAUCGAAUGGUUCUUCAGAUGCUCAAGUAUAUGCUCAUUUUCUCAGAUACACUACAGUCUUUUCAUUUCGUGUUUGGUAUCCCAAACUACCUCUUAAAAUAUGGACGAGUACUUCAUCACUUUCAACUAUUAAAAAUUGGAAAGUUGGAUUUUGGAGAGAUUUGCCGUUGGGUGGGGGAAUCAAACGAUCCAGAGCUGCCAGACAGUUUGCAUGUGUGAAUCGAUUCCAAAAUGGACAUGUAUGUAUUUUGCAGAUAUAUUCAAAACUCUUAAAUAAAUAUUUUCAGGUCAAAGUGCUAGCAUCGCUAUGGAUUGAAGAUCAGAAAACAGGAGAUCAGUUGUAUCUAUCUUCCCAUAAAAGUAUACUUCUCGAUGUUACAAAUAUCGUUCACAAUACUUUACAAAUCUCAAAUCGAACUGUGGCAAAUGUUAAAUUCCAUGAAGGCAGAGCGGUUAUGAUUGGAGAAAAUGUAGGAUUGGCAAACGCAUUUUCGAAGUACGAAAUUUCCAGACUGAUUGUUCGAAACGCAAAGAAGUCUCUGGAUCUAGUCACCGAAAACGUUUCGGUUCGAAACGAAGAAGUGACAACGACUGGUCUCUCAGCUCGCCCAAUUUGUGAUACAAACUUUCGAAUUCUUCCAAUUCUUUUCUCUCCAGCAUUCUUCAAAAUUGAAAUCACUCAUUCGAAAGCUCUCACAAAACUCUACCAACAAUGUCUAAUAUUUGCAAGUGUUAGCUACUCAGAUGGAACAUGGGAACCAUUAAAUGAUUUGGAUGCUUCAUAUUUCGAAAUGUCAGCUCAUUCUGAUAAUGAAAGAGCUCUUGUUGUUUCUCACCAUGCAUCAAAAGUCCAUGUUCUUGCAAUCGAUGAACACUGGAGACUUCCAUCUGUAGAGAUUGCGCUUCAGUCUUCUGCUCAAUGUGCAUCUACAAUCAACGGAGCAUCCCCUGCGUCACUAGCUGUUACAAUACUCAAUGUUCCAAUUACAAUCAACACCUCUGUACCUUCCAUAAACGAUCUGGAUGCCUCUUCCAGCACUCCCGAGCCCCCGGAAACUCUUCCGUCUGUCCCUAUGCAUGUUUUUCUUCUUACAAUACUUGGUCUUGUUAUUCUAUUCAUUCUCAUCUCAUGCGUUAGAAGAUCAGCUGCCUUCAAAGGGUAUGAGCAACUUGUUGUUCCUUUCUUCUCUCGAUUAUCAUCUUCUUCUGGAUCUCAUUCUAGACAAGAAGAGACGAAUGAAUGGGUUUGGCUGAGUCAGCCACAAGCACCGUCCUCUACGAUUAGUAAGUCAUCUAAACAAAAAAGUUCUGGAUAUUCUGGGAACAAGUCAACAGCUGAAAGACAAUCUUCGAAUGGUGAUGAUCCUUCCAGAACUAGUAUAUCAUAUCACGGUUCCGAGAUUUCUGUCUUUAUAGCACCAUCCCAGGCAAAUGUUGUGGUCAAUCAGUCUUCUCGACAUCCUCGAUACACUUUGGUCGAUUCAAACUCAGAUCACAACUUAGCCAGAAUUGGUCCGAAAGAAGAAAGGUGGACAACAGGAGGACAUGAUCAAUUCCACACAUGGACAUGGAAACAACGAGAUGGUCGGAUGGAAGCUCCGAUUCGAGAAAGCAUUGCUUGA